CGCACUGGUCUCCACAGCGCCGAGCUGUCACAAGCCAUCUGGGUCCUCUCAUAAUCCCCAUCAAACAGCCCGACUGGCCAGAAAGAAAAGAGGGGAGGAAAAGAGGGGAAAAUGAGAGAAAGAUCUGGACGGUGAGAGAGACGGAGAUCUGGAAGGAGAAAGAGAGAGAAAUAUCUGGGUGGGGAAAAAGAGCGAGAUAUCUGGACAGUGAGAGAGAGAGAGAUCUGGACAGUGAGAGAGAGAGAGAGAUCUGGACAGUGAGAGAGAGAGAGAGAUCUGGACAGUGAGAGAGAGAGAGAUCUGGACGGUGAGAGAGAGAGCUGGACGGUGAGAGAGAGAGAGAGAGAUCUGGACAGAGAAAUAAUACAAGAUGCCGGAGAACAAGGCGACAGUGUACAGGACCAGCAGCUACCUGUCCCACUCUGCCUACAGGAAGAUCAAGCGGGUUCUGAGCUUCAGGAGGCGCGUGUUUGGCCAGCGGCUGGAGGAGACGGUUCUGUAUGAGCGGCGUUACGGGGUACACAUGGCACCGCUGGUGGUGGAGCAGUGUGUGGACUUCAUCCGGGAGCGAGGUCUUCUGGAGGUGGGGUUGUUCCGCCAGCCAGGCCAGGCCACGCUGGUUAAAGAGUUGCAGGAUGCCUUCGACGCUGGGGAGAAGCCCUCCUUUGACAGCAGUACAGACGUGCACACCGUGGCGUCUCUCCUGAAGCUGUAUCUGCGGGAGCUGCCAGAGCCACUGGUGCCCUUCUCCAGAUACCAGGACUUCCUGGUGUGUGGCAAGAACAUCUCCUCUGAGAGGAAGCAGAGUUUGACAGAACUACGGCAUCUUCUGCAUCAACUUCCAGUGGCUAACUUCAACCUGCUCAACUACAUCUGCCAGUUUUUGAAUGAAGUCCAGUCCUAUUCUAGCAGCAACAAGAUGAGCACCCAGAACCUGGCUACUGUUUUUGGCCCAAACAUCCUACGACCCAAAGCUGAAGAUCCAGAGAGUAUCAUUGGAGGGGCAGCCGUGGUGCAGCAGCUUAUGUCCGAGCUGAUCAGGGAGCACCAGUGCCUUUUCUCCAGGGAGGGGGGAGACAUAGAGGCCCCUGGCUCUUCACGUCCUGACUCUUACCCAUGUCAGAGAUGGAAAGGAGACCCAUUCGAGGGGGCGCACAUCCAGCCAACUGCCCAGACCCAGUCGCAUGAUUACAGGCCGGGCAUAACAGCCGAGCACCUCCCCCAACAACAGAUAAAUCACCAUCCUUCCCCUUGCUCCCGCCAGCUCUCCCUGCCUCUGAUCCCUAAGAGGAGAGGGUCGGCCCAAAACCCAGAUGAAACCAGCUUAGCCACACGGCUGUCCAUCACAGACCACCAGCAGCAGCCAGCUGAGGUGUUCUCUCCAGUGAGUCUUUCUUCUGGGCCUCUGUACCACAGAUACACUCUGUCCCAGUCAGAGUCCCAGCCCACUGAGACCGCAGACAGCCCCCACACUACCCCCCAACUCACAGCCUCUGCCUCCACAGUGACGCUACAGGCUGCCCCAGAACCCAGCAGCAUGCUGCCCAUUGUCUGGAGGGGCCCAGAGGAUCCCAGCUGGGCUGCAGAACAGGGGACUACUGGCACCAGUGGAAGCAGUGAGGCUCAGGACAGUACUCUGUCUGUCUAUGACAACCUGGACACACUACAACGCAUGGAGGAGCUGGCUGCGGAUGGUGGUGGGGGCAGCCCUGCUGGCCCGGUGGAGGUGGGCACGGCCAGCAUGGUAGACACCAGAAGCUCCUGGUCUUCCUGUGAGAUUCUGUCCCUGGAAGACAGUGGGAGUGGUGUGGUCAGAACCAGCCCAGGAGGGGGGUCCACUAGGUUCCCCUCCUUCAGGACUGACCCAGGAGACGAGGACCAUCCUAACUCCCCAGCCUCCUCCUCUGCCCUCACUGACGCCCCCCUGAGCACGGGCAGCUCGGAGGUCUUCCUGCCCUCUGCUCCUCCGGACCUCCGCGUCCCCCCGGCCUCCCAGGCCAUGCACUGGCUCUUGACUGGCCUCAGACAACAGAUGGCCAGGCAGAGGGCUGAGUUCGAAGCCAAGAUCCAGAGGUUGGAGAAGCGUAACGAGGCCCUCCAGGGGGAGGUGGUGGGACUGCGGACCAGCCUGGAGCAGCAGCGCCGCUGGUACAGUGUGGCCGAGAUCAAGAUCCGCAACGUGGAGCGUGCCCGGGCCGAUGCCGACCGCCGCAACACCACUCUACAGAGAGAGAUGGAGCAGUUCUUUGAUACCUUCGGAGAGCUGAAUGCUGAGAACCAGAAGAGCGAAGGUUAGGGUUAGCACCCCUGAAGAGCGAAGGUUAGGGUUAGCACCCCUGAAGAGCGAAGGUUAGGGUUAGCAUCCCUGGAGAGCUGAGCGCUGAGGCCAGGAAGAGCAAGCAUAUCUUACAGAGCUUCUGAUGGCCAGUCAGAUUAGAGAAAGAUGCUAUUACCAGAGCACUACAAGAGCAGUAUCAGGAGAAAACACCAUCCAUCUGAAUGGAAUAUAGAGAGAACUGUCUGUUGCCAUGAUUAAUCCAUAUUGGAUUUGUCUCAUAAUGAGUUGUACAUGUUUGAGGAUGGUUCUAAGACAGUUUUGAGAUGGAACCUGCUGAGAUGGACAACUCUGCUCUGAUGCCUUGGACAUUGUUCAACCAGACAUAUUGACCACCAGACUAGACCAGACCAGAAUGAGGUGGACUGGAGACGAUGGAGACAGACAAGAAACAUAAGCUACUGAGCUCACUAAAUGUGUCAAUGACUGAAAUGAGCCCUAUAAUAUACAGAAUCAAAACUUGGAGACUUAAUGGAUGGCUGACAGCUGGCCUGGCCGUUGAUAUAAUAGACAGGCCCAGACCCAGCCAGUCUGUCCUGAGCCACACAGGAAAAGUUGUGAAAGAGAUCUGGGAAGUAACAUAACAGUCUCAUAGAAUCGGACCCUACGAGAUCCGGAGUGCUGCUGGUUUUCAGUUCUACCUGAUAAUUCAUUACACCCACCUGGUGCCCCAGGUCUAAAUAUGUCCCUGCUUAGAAGGGAAGAAUGGGGGGGGGGGGGCAUUGUAACUAGCUUCAAGGUCCAGAUGUGAAUGUGAGGCCCAACCAAGGUGUUGAAACGCAGAGAAGAUGUACUAUUCCCAGUCUCUGACAAGAUCCCACAGCCAUUUAGACACCGUGUGAAAGCUGAUCUUAAAUAGGAUUUGAUUUAGUGCUUCCAAGUAUUGAGGUCAUGUUCUGAGUUUGUCUAUGAGGGUGUCUAAGAACAGACUCAUAUUACUGAUGCAGGUAUUUCACACUGCUAUAAAUAUGAAGGAUUAUAAUUUGGGACCCAUCUGAACACUAUUUCACUUCGUUAUGACAGGGCAGGGUGAGUCACAGCUUUUAACAGUACACCACUUGAAAAUGCCCAUGUAGCUUUUCCACGAAAACCAAUAUGUAUAGUGCAAUAUUAACGUCCCGAAUAAUAAAACAUACUUUUACUAAAUCAUUUUGCAGAGGAACGUGCGCGCGCACACACACACACACUGAAACACGCAUGCAAGCACGCAAACACACACACUUGUAUGAAAUAAAAUAACCAAAGACGUAAGCAAUAGAUCCUGUCUAUAGCAAUAGCAUUUUAUUUAGCAGAAUUAAUUUUGUCCUCCUUUGAUGUCAAAUGAUAAUCAUCUCUUGAGUUUUUGCAUAUUUUUCAGACAGGGCGAAUAUAGUGGAACAUAUUAAAGGUGCUACACGUAGGAUUUCUUUUUGCAUUGUAAUUUCAGAAAAAUGUCCAUAAUAUAUCCGGUACUAAUAGUGGAAUGAUGGUGUUUCGCCGUAUUAAUGACCCGCCAGUGUUGUGAUUGGCUGUGAUGUUCACCUAUUGAUUUCUCCUGCCGGUGCUGUAUCUGUUGUCAAACUGGGAAAGCUGUUCUGACUUUGUAGCUGUGUUAUCUAGUGGAAAUAGUUCUGUUAUUUUCUGGUUGCUAAAAUUCGACACUGUUUGCUCAAUUUCAGCUUAUGUGAGAAAACAAGCACUGCAUAGUGUAGGGAAUCAAUGUACCAUCUAAAUUGCUAUGAAAUAUCUUUUCAAUAACAAACAAUAUAUAUAUUUUUUUUUACAGCUGUUUGAAGCUGGUGGACCAAACCAAAAGCUACUUUUGGUUUUGGUCCACCAGCAUCAAACAGCGGUUUUGGUCGAAUUUUCUCAACCAGGAAAAUAAUGAUUUCCACUAGAUAUCCCA